AUGGCUGCCUCUGGUACUCAGCGUAAGAAACUCCUCGGCCAUCGCCGCCGUAUUGAGGAUGAGGCCGAUGACGACUGCGGCGUCGACUCCCCCGCCGACCUUGAUGACGACUCGGUGACCGACGGUUCGAUCGGUAGCGACGACCACGAUCCUGUCGAUGGCAGCGACACGAGCAAUGUCGACGAUGCGUCGCCCACCUCGCCCAACGCACGAAAAUCUUUGGGUAACGGAAACGGCGCUGCAAAGGCCGGAUAUCGCCGUAACGGCAACGAGGACGACGUCAAGACGCCGCCCGCCGAGACUGCCCAGUCACCCAAACCACUCAUCGCUGACUCCGACACCAUGAUGAGCCAGCUGACUCUGGGAAAGAAGGACGAUACUGAGGUACUGCACUUUGAUGACACUGAGCCGAAGCCAAAGCCCCCUGUAAAGGAGGCCCCGGUGAUUGUAAGCUCCAGUGCUGCCACGCAGCGGCACCCUCAGCAAGAACUACAGCGGCGGAAGGACGAGGAGUAUCGGCGGCGGAGGGAAGAGGAUCCCACUUUUGUUCCCAACAGGGGCUCCUUCUUCCUGCACGACCACCGGCAGCUUGGUCCUGCCGGGAAUGGCUUCCGGCGCUUUCCUGGAGGAGUUCGGGGUCGGGGUCGAGGCACGUUUGGCAACCACUUUGCCUCGCUCAACCCAGUGUCUGGUGCUUCGGAUCCCAUUGUAACGGAUCCGUGGAAGCACGACAUGCACGAGAUGGUUGCCGAUUCUCUUCCUCAGCCGUCUCGACAAACUCGGUAUCCCCCUGCUACUGAGGGGCCGCCGAAUGGCAAUGGCAUCAUCCCGACUGCACCUAAGCCCGAAACUCCGAUCAACCGAGCCAUGUCGACCGAGAAGGUCAUCGGCACAGUGACCGUCCGGGUCUUUAUUGCUGGCAUGAGCGAGGCCAAGCUCUUCCCUGGUGUCACUUUGAAGCAGUACACCAAGCUGCCCGACCACCGGCCGCCUCUUCGUCGUGACAAGCCGGUUCGGAUUUCCAUACCCUAUCAUGAUCCUCCCAUCAUGCCGCGGUACAUUUUCCCGCACCAGGACCGGUCUUUUAUCUUCAUUCCGCGAGCCAUGCGCCCUAACCAGCAACGUGCUCGGGCCAAGGCUCCUCGAUCUGUCCUAGGCUCGGGAGUUUUCUCUCGUGCAGCGAGCGUUUUCGGCGGCAGCAUCUACGGCAGUGUGUAUUCACCCAGUGUGGCUCUUAGUCGUCGGUCUUCGAUCGCCCCCGAGAUUGGGAGGGAGGUGAUGCUCUCACCUACUAGCUCUGCUAUAUCGCGCCCUCCACACUCGAUGGAGGGUGGCCGCCCUGUUGUUCGUCUUCCCCAACCAUCUGUUACUGCUGCUUCUGCUCCUCCCCAGCCGAGCGGCCCUGCGACGGCCCCAGCUCCCGCUGAGUCUUCUGUUAACGAGCAACCUCAAUGUCAGACACACGCACUGCCUCCAAAGCCUAUUCCUCAAGAGGCGCGACCAAACGUUCCUGUGCAGCAACCACGUCCUCAGAAGGCUGUCUCUGCGGAGAGCAUCGAGACAUCUGCUCAGCAGGCGUCAAAUGCUCCUUCGCCCUAUGAGCAAGCCUUCCAUCAACAAGUCCCUCCUCAACUCACUACCGGCGGCUUUAGCCGCGACACACAUGCUCAAACCGCAUCUUUCCAGUCGCAACUCGCUGCUUCGAGUAUUCCGGAGCGUGCCAUCCAUGCUGCUCCGUUCCAACCCGCUGGUUAUGCCCAACCUGCACUCUACUCUCAACAUACUUAUGCGACUGUGCAGCCCCAACAGGGAUUCUAUUAUCCCGCGCCGCAAACCUACACGACCAACAUGCCCCCUAGCGCAGCCACAGCACCUGCAUUCAUCCCUGCCGCCCAGCAAGCCGCCACGGCUGCUGCUCAACCUCCAACCAAUCCAGCUGACGUACCCGGCGGCCCGCCACCGCCUCUUCCUCCUCCUGGUCCUGCUCCUGGGCCGCAAAACCUCGUCGCCCAAGAGAUUAAUGGCAUGGUCUACUACUACGAUCCAUCGCAGCUCCCAAUGCCGCUGCCCCCUCCUCCACAGUUUGCCCCUGCAGCCCCGCCUGGCCAGGGCCCCCCUCCGGGUCCCUAUGGUGCCCCCUACGGUGCUCCCCCGCCUGUAGGCAUGGUGCCUGGCCCUGAUGGGUACUAUUACCAGCAAGGAGUGCCUGCCGUGCCGCCAACGGGAAUGGUGUACUACCCCCAGUAG